UCGGCUCGUCGUCGCGCACGGCGCAAGUGUCGUCGCGUAUCGUGAUAGACGUGUGUGUGCGCGCGCGUAGAGCGGAGCGGAGUGCUGUCGAGUUCGCGGAGCGCGGUACCAAGUGCGCGCGGGGAGCCUCGGUAAUCCGCCAUUCGGGAUUCGGGGAAUCGUUGCCGCGUUUUCUGCCCUGCCACCGCCGCUGGCGGUCGGCCGUGCGAUAUUCGUCCCGGAAUGGCAACGGGGAGAGAUCGCGGGCGCGGCGACGCGGGACGACGAUGUUUCGCCGCGGCGCGAGAUUGAUUCGGGAUCGAUCUCGGACGUCGCCGACGUUUCGCGGAAUCGCCGUCGGCGUGCCCCGCGCGCACGACUGGCCAGCCGCCCCGGGCAGUCGAACGGCGCAAUCGAUAACCCCGCGGGCGCUUUUUGCGCUCUGCGCGAGAGAUCCGUAAUGGCGAGAGCGUGGCGUCGAUGGACGAUAGGCGGUGAGAGUGGGAGGCUGUGGUAAAAACAAAUGCUGAAUCGCCAGGGAGUUGCGCAUCGCUGACGCAGACUCGUUGUAGACGUGGACAAGGAUAUAAUGCACACGCAUUACUCUUAAACGUUACAUUGCUUGUCAAUAUGGAUGAUGAAGAGGGAACCUCAAGUUCCGGACCAAUGUCUUCGUUAAACAGUUUAUUCACGUUCACCAGUCCCGCUGUGAAGAAGCUGCUCGGCUGGAAGCAGGGAGACGAGGAGGAAAAAUGGGCUGAGAAAGCGGUGGACUCGUUGGUGAAGAAGCUGAAGAAGCGCAAGGGCAUGAUCGAGGAGCUGGAACGGGCGCUGAGUUGCCCCGGGACGCCGAGUAAAUGCGUGACUAUUCCUAGAAGCUUGGACGGCAGAUUGCAGGUCUCGCAUCGCAAGGGUCUGCCCCACGUGAUAUACUGCAGGGUGUGGCGAUGGCCGGACCUCCAGUCGCAUCACGAACUGAAACCUCUGGAUCUGUGUCAAUAUCCGUUCUCCGCCAAGCAGAAGGAGGUCUGCAUCAAUCCCUAUCACUACAAGAGGGUGGAGAGCCCGGUACUGCCACCGGUGUUGGUUCCUAGGCACUCGGAAUUCGCUCCCGGCCAUUCUCUGCUGCCGUUUCAGCAGCUGGCCGACCCAAGCAUGCCGCACAACGUGUCCUACUCGUCCAGCGGUUUCAACGCCGGCUCUACCGGUGGCGUGAAUCCGACGUCGCCCAUGUCCUCGGUCGGUUCUGUGCCCAGUCCCGGGAGCACGACCCUGCCGAAUCCUCAGAGCCCGUACGGGACCAAUGGAUUGCCGGAGACGCCGCCACCCGCGUAUUCUCCGCCCGAGGACGGCUCUCAGACUGGGCAGACCACGUCGUCGGACUCGGUUCCGAUGGACACGAGCACGCCGAUUGAAGCGGCCACACCUGUGUGUUACCAAGAGCCACCUUACUGGGCCUCGAUCGCCUAUUACGAGCUGAAUUGUCGGGUGGGCGAGGUGUUCCACUGUCACUCGCACUCCGUCAUCAUCGACGGCUUUACAAACCCGAGCAACAACUCGGAUCGCUUCUGCCUCGGGCAGCUGUCCAAUGUAAAUCGAAAUUCCACUAUCGAGAAUACGAGGCGGCACAUUGGCAAGGGGGUGCAUCUGUACUACGUCGGGGGAGAAGUUUACGCUGAAUGCCUCUCGGACUCUGCGAUUUUUGUGCAAUCUAGAAAUUGCAACCACCAUCACGGCUUUCAUCCCAGUACAGUUUGUAAAAUUCCACCGGGAUGCUCGCUCAAGAUAUUCAACAAUCAGGAAUUUGCCCAGCUUCUGUCGCAAAGUGUAAACCAUGGUUUCGAAGCUGUUUACGAGCUAACGAAAAUGUGUACGAUUAGAAUGUCUUUCGUGAAGGGGUGGGGCGCGGAGUACCAUAGGCAGGAUGUUACAUCGACUCCCUGUUGGAUCGAAGCACAUUUACAUGGGCCCUUGCAAUGGCUGGACAAAGUGUUGACGCAGAUGGGUCCGCCUCACAAUGCCAUAAGUUCUGUGUCAUAAGUAACAUGCACGCAUCACAGAAAUUUCUUUUAACAAAGAAGAACGAUUAAUCUCGACGCACUUUUAAGAGUUUACGUAUAUAUACAUUGGCUGUAUUUGCCACACAUGCGAGAGUUACGGAGACUGUGCACAGACGAAAUACAAUUACAGUAAGUUGCCCUACAUUAUGUCAUUAAAAUAAUAUCUUAUUAAAAAUGAUAAUAAAGGGAACGUGAGAUGUAAUGUUUGAAAGAAAUCAUAAAAGCUUACGAGGAGUUACAUAAGAAAAAGAUGUUAAACGAUGAUCUCCAAAAGUUAUCGUAAUCGCGAGAUGUACACGCACCUAUGCGCUGUAAAACUCUUUGGCUGUUACAUAGAGACAGGAUUAUAUACAAAUAUAUAUGUAUAGAGAGAUACACUAAUGGUGUGUGUAUAAAAAAAGAAAUAUUUUUCAAAUCUAUGCAUCAGCCUAAUACUUUAUUUUAUAUGGAGACUUAUUGUAGAGGUAUUUGUCAAUGCUGUACUACAAACAGAAUCUUUUUAAUUGAUGCUUUAGACAAUUUUAAAAUUUAUUGUGAUGAUAAAAAGAAAGUGUAUAAUUACAAUUGCUUGGCAAAGAAGAAAGUAAGCUUAUCUAAGCUCCGAAUUAUGGGAGACGAGAGAAAAAAAAGAUAUACCUUCUGUCGUGUAAGGUAAGCAUAAUCUGACGGUUAUGCCUGUUAAGUUACAUGUGUGCUUAAAGUACAUUUACGUCAGUAAUGUCAAUGUAGAUCUACUCAAAUUUAUCGUUAAUGUUAUAAUAAUAGCGCGGGCUUUUAUUGAUGAACGAUGCGAUCUAAUAUUUCAAUGUAAGACAUUGGACGUUGAUCUCACGUUGACUCUCGGAAAAGUUAACUGCGUCCGAUGAUAUGUUGAAACAACUCGCUAAUCUAGAGAAAGAUCUAUGGUUUGCUCCAUCUCUAUGUACAUUACAUUGCAUUGUACUCCUCUCGAUUAUUGUAUUGUGCAACACGCUUUCCGUAUUUUCUUAAGAACGAUACACGGUUAGAUAAGUUUUACGUGUUAUAAAUAUGUGAAAUUUUAUGUGCUGUAUAUAUUUCCGUACGGAAAUUGUCGUACACACGUAUAGGCAUGCGUGUAUGUGUAUGUGUACGUGUACAAUGAAAAGUCAUCUAUUAGUAAGUUUAUACAUUGCUUGACUAAAAAGUUACGUUUUACCAAUUGAUCGGAGCUGAGCUUGAUAUUACGUUUGUUACUUUUUUACAUUACGAAAGGUGCCAAAAAGAAUGAAAUAUUCGCAUAAUAUGUUUAAUUUACGCACUGUGAUAUUUCAUCAGAGAAACGCAAUUCUUUCAUUGUAUCUGAUCACGUUUCCACGAUCUUCAAUCGAGUAACUCGAAAGUACACCGAUUCUAUACAGAGUGUCUUAAAACCGUCAGAUAUUAACAGUGCCUAAUUAUAGACAAUACCAUCUUGUUUCACUGCCAUUUGCUGUCACUAGUUUUGCCGAUGUGUGCCUAGCUGUGAUUCUUUGCUAUUCAAUUUGGCAAAUUUGCGAUUUGGUGAUAAACAAAAGAAAGUACGAAGGGGAACAAGGCUACUUAUUUGGCUAACAGCGUUAGAAUUUUUCCACAAUAGAUAAAAAGGGUAGUAGAAGAUAAGCGAUAUGCUUAAUUAAGUGAUAAGGGAAGACUAAGAUGUAAUUUAUAUAAUUAGAUAUACAAUUGGAACAGGAUGGGUACAAACGUAAAAGUCGACAGAAUUAUUCGACAUUGCAUAAUGUGGUACAAUUGCGCUAAUUGCACAAGUGAUGGAGACAAUAAUCAAAUACAAAAAAAAGAGGAUAAAAUGUAAGAUACUUUCAGCCCGUUCUAAAAAAAAAAUUGUUUAAUACAAUGGCGAUCAAUCUGAUCGAAUUUUGUACGAAGGAACCGAUCAGUAUUCUAUAUUAGAAGAUAAAACUGUAAGUAGGAAGAAGAUGCCGUACGUGUUUACGGUUAUUUCUGAAUCUUUCAACGAAUUGGUUCCUUUCUGCAAGAUGUGAUCUGAGUUUGCCUGGGAUUUUCAUCGAGAAAUGCGCACGAAUUAGAAGGUCUCUUAUAGCGAUUAUAAUCCGCGCCGAUGAAACUUGGAUAGUAAAUUUAUUAGAAUGACAUUACGAAAUCUUUUCGGCACGUUGAGCCCUGUCAUAUUAGAAAUGAGCACGAUGCAUUACUGUAAAAUGUAACGUGUAUAUAGAUAGCUUCUUAUACACAAGAUUAUACUUGUAGCUUAUAUUUAACGUUAUCACCAACGUCUUCGUUUCCUUGCUAACUAAAUCAUACUAGAUUAGCCGCGGAGCCCGUUUACAAAACAAUCUUGCCUAAGCCUUUUAGAUCUUCGAAGUGAGGCCCACUUCCUUUUGAGAUACGCGAGAAUUCAACUUCAGACUUGACGGAAUACUAUACUUUGUUGCGCACCACCCAAGUUUGUGCCUUGGCUGCCUUUUAUAUUGCGUAGUUGUAAGCGACAUUAGAGAGAGAUAUGCAAUUUUUACAAUGUAUAAUAGCAGAAACGUGAAACAUGUUAUCGGAAAGUGCAUAGAAGUUUUCACAUCUCGCGAGAAAAGAAAUUGUACAAGAAUCCCUCUCAAUUGUUCAUAUGUAAAAUAAAUGUACAGUUCUGUAUUUGCAAUGUCACAUGCUCUAGUACAUGUAUGUAUUACGCUACGUAUUAACGUCAGACGGAAUUGCCUGAUAUCGAGUCUUAUUUGCCCAAUGAUUACAGUCGUGCGAUAUGAAUCGAGUUUUGAGUAAUUAAGCUACUUUGGAGAGGAAAGUCCUCGUGCCUUGAUACAAUACACAGAAAGAACCGAGCGUGUCUGCGACAACACGUGUAAAGAGUGCCGCGUUCGUUUUUGAAUUUGUUCCUGUUACAUUUUUAACACAUUAACGCGUAUAAUAUACUUACAUCCUUCUUACUAAUCCAUUGACGAUCGCGUUAUUUAUUUUCUUUACAUGCCAUUUUUAAAUGAAGACGUGCUCCAGAAACGUCCACUUGCAUCCUGACACAGAAGCGCUCGGUUCCUUUUAUAGAAAAGCCGUCUAUUAAUGUAAAGGCCGUGAAGAAUAAAUAGAUGAGCGAUUGAAGUGUGAAGGUGCGAUUUGGAAACGGGCUCGCGAUAUAUUCCGCACGUCAGUGACUGUAAAUAUAUUAGAUCUUGUUAGCCGUAACGAGAGCGCGUCUCUCUUCGGAAUCCAUUCCACGUUACGUACCGUUAGAGAAAAUGUAACCGCGGGUUCUCUUUUUCCCUUCCCCCCCCCCCCUCGCGCGAUUUCCCCGAGACGCUCAUAUGGCUGCAUCGUGUUCGCGACUAUCAGCGACGACGUAGGCACACGAGCCUCUAUCUCUGUACAGCCGCCAGCUCUGCGAGAAAAUAGGACGUAGUUAUCGUAAGACUAUACGGAGUCGACGCGCCUUAGCCCAGGCGUGGCAUGUAGUACAUUUUAUUUCGCACGUUCUCCUCUCUUCUUUAUGGUGAAAAAGACAUUUUAUGUACAGAACGAUAUUUGUACGUACGUACGUACAUAGAUAUGUAUGUAUGUAUGUAUGUACGUACAUGAUGUAGUGAAAAGAUAGCAAGUCUUUGUGUUAUAUGUGACAUGUUACACGGUAAGAGAUUAGGCUCCUAAUGAAAAAUUAGCGUAAACGGUUGGUUUAGUCGAACGGGUAUGCGUAUACAAGGUGUGCACUCUGUUGCCACGUGAAAAAGAAUGAAAUGUUCAGACACUCCAACAAACACAUAAUGGUAUAUUAAACGCAAAGUAAUAUGAGAGUGAUGUAAUCGUUCACCAACUUUUAUACAAACUGCGUUUAACGAACAUUUAAUACAUCAUCGUUAAUAUAUUAUACCAUGUGUUUAUUGGGACGUCCCAGCACCGAUUGAUCGAGCGCUCUGUGUACCGAUUUCCCGUCACCGGCGUGAUUUUUUAGACCUAGCGGGACAGCGCGCGUCCACGGGACGCCCGGAGAUUUCUUAGGGUAAAUUCUUCGCGAUCAGCUGUAUAUGUAUGUCGUUCGGCAUGUAAAGAAAUUAUCCGAUCGGACACGUUUACGCGCCUCCUUCACCCGUGCUGUCUACGCAUGCAUUUCUGGUAAUCGUUGUCUUUGUGCAGCUCUACCAAGUACGAAAUAAAAGUAAUACCUACCUGUGUAUCUA